ACAAAGUGUGUCAGAGAACUGUCUGCGUUACACACGAGUAGAUGUGCGCUCAAAUUGAGUCUACUACUGACUGCAAGAGUGAAAACAUACCACGACUCAGGGCAAGGCUUUUCAAAUGUGGGAUACAAUGCCGGCGACAAUAAGUAAAAAUUCCGACUUGGAGUUCGACUCCUUACAACCCUGCUUCUACCCGGACGAGGACGACUUCUACCACGGCGGUCCUGACGCCGCGCCACCGGGAGAGGACAUCUGGAAGAAAUUCGAGUUGCUGCCCACGCCGCCCCUUUCUCCCAGUCGAGCAGCGCUACCGGGAGAGUUGGCCAACGCGUCCGGGGAUUCCGGUCUUGUGGGUUUUGGAUUAGGCGACCCUCUGGACUGGGCUUCUGAGCUCCUGUUUCUGCCCGAGGACGAUGUCUGGGGGACGUCAGACGGAGACCUGUUCGGCUCCGCUUUGGAUAGUAACCCCAAUUCCAUCAUCAUCCAUGACUGUAUGUGGAGCGGAUUCUCAGCCCGGGAGAAGCUCGAGCGCGUCGUUACCGAAAAGCUAGGCAAAGCCAUCUCCUCCGCGACCGCUUGUGGCGGCGGAGUUAGCAAAAACGUAAUCGUUAAGGCACCGGAGUUGAGCCGUGCCGAGUCGGAGUGUGUGGACCCUACCAUAGUCUUUCCCUUCCCUGUCAACAAAAGAAACGGUAGCAGCAGCACAGGUCCAGCCGGGACCGUCCCGUCCUCCUCCCGCUGCAGCGCCGAGGAGACUCCGAGCGACUCUGAGGAGGAAGGAGACGAUGACGAGGACGAAGAUGAGGACGAGGAUGACGAGGACGACGAGGAUGACGAGGACGAGGAGGAGAUUGACGUGGUCACCGUGGAGAAAAGACGCAACGGUAUGUCACCCAUGGCGACCGGCACCGUCACCAUCUCGGUGCGGCCCAAGGUGGGAGGUUCCUCGGGGUCCGGUGCUGUGAGCCGAUUGGCUAGCCGGGCGCCCCAGGAGCUGAUCCUGAAGAGGAGCUCAGUCCACCAGCAGCAGCACAACUAUGCUGCCCCCUCCCCCUACGCCUCCGACGACGACCCCGCCCCGCCCUCCAAGAAACACCGUGGCGACGGCCCGCGACCCUCCGCCAGAACCAUCUCCUCUUCCUCCUCAUCCUCCUCCUCAUCCUCGCUCUCCACGGGCGCCUGCAGCUCCGUCUCCGUGACAACGUCCUCGUCUUCGCGCUCCAAGCGCAGCGCCUGCGGGGACAGCAGCCCGCGGGGGGGCGGCGGCUCCGACUCGGAGGACAGCGAGCGGCGACGCAACCACAACAUCCUGGAGCGCCAGCGACGCAACGACCUGCGCUCCAGCUUCCUCGCGCUGCGCGACCACGUGCCCGAGCUGGCCCACAACGACAAGGCGGCCAAGGUGCUGAUCCUGAAGAAGGCAGCCGAGUACCUGGUCUCCCUGGAGGCCGAGGGCGAGCGCCUGCAGCAGGAGAGAGACAAGCUGGCGGCCCGGAGACACCAGCUGAUGAGGCGGCUCGAUCAGGCCAGGACUCGCUAACCUGGGGCAUCUUAUACACACACACACACACCCCCAUGAGCCCUCUUCGCAUUCUCUGUAGAUGCACACGCAGUCCUGUCCAGUAUAUACACGCUCGGAUCCACACGUACAUGCACACACACCACACACACACACACACACGCACACACACACACACACACACCACACACGCGCAUAUAUACGGUUGAGUCUCAGAGACCGAGGGGGUUGUUGGGACACUCGGACUUUCACUGCUGCCACUUUUUUUGCACAUUUGUUGACGUUGAGAAUGUUGAGGGUUUACUUUAUCAAUCCAGUCACGCCGAGGACAAGAGCACCAGGUGGAGUGGGAGGGAGGAGGGGACUCCAGUCAUCCUUCUCUCUCAUUGUUGUUUUUAUACCUUGUAUUUUUUUGUACUCACUGUGACGCUAGCCCCAAACCAGGUGACCCCCAACAAGUAGGGGGCUGUGGGUCAAAGCUCACAUAGAGACUCAGCACGCUUUGCCUUCACCACUGUAAACUGAAGACACACAUCCACCUCUGACCUCCAGGUUCCAAAUACGAUGUCACAACGACUUGUAGACUCCCUUCGCCUCCCCCUUCCUCUCUUCUCCCCACUUUUCUUUCCUCCUCUUCGAUCCCCUCUCCUCACUCCUCCUCCGCUCCUCCAGCUCUCCUCUAUCUUGUUCUCACUGGUGCUGAAACAGUCAGUGGAUGAAUAACUGUGCACCUUGCUAGCCGACACUUUUGUAAAUAACGAUACUGUACAGAUACAAAUACUCAAUCUGCCUUGUUUUGUAGAGUUUUUUUGGUCUGGUUUUUAUACAUCAAGAAGCUGCCAAUAAUUAGACUGGAACUUUCUAUACAUUUGAACGUACUGUAAGGCCACCUUUUCAGAGGGUCACCAAACUUUGUAUAUAACAAUAUAUUGUUUUGUUGUUGUUGUUAUUGUUGUUUAUUUUCCUUAUUUCUCUUCUUUGUAUUGAACCAUAUUACUAAUCCACCCCUUAAUGCUUUAGUGUGACCCUGAUACAUACUAAAAUGUACACCUAUAUUUUCGUAUGAAAAUGAGUUCUCACUAGAUAUCACGUCACCUUGACAUUUUCCUUUCUCAAUAUGAAAUAAUUAUUUUGUACAGAAAUGUGUUUUUAUCACCCCGUACCCCUGCCUCACUCUUUUCUUUCUUUCCUGCUUUAUUUCUUUCUUGUUUAUAUACUUGUAACUAUCGGGUGCAGAGAACUGGGUAAACUGAUAUAAGAUUGUUGUUUUUUUCAUUCUUAAACUGUACAUCUAGUGCUUCAACUCAUAGCACUUUGAAAUACCUCAUUUUGAAAAAUAAAUAGACCUUGAAAAAUA